AUGGAUAGCAAUUUGACUUCGACGAAUUCCAUCACGGUGACUUUGCACCAGUUGGCAAAGAUGAUAGACCACUCGCUCUUACACCCCACAAUGACUGAUGCGGGUAUACUUGAAGGCCUCGCGAUUGCCAAGCAGUAUGGCGUCGCUACAGCAUGCGUCAAGCCAUACCUCAUUCCUUUCGCCAAGAAGGAACUUGAAGGAUCGAGCGUUCUAGUAUGCCCAGUGAUUGGCUUCCCGCACGGCAAUAGCACCACAGAAGUUAAGGUGUUUGAAGCAGACCGUGCCGCCGCCGCAGGAGGCAAGGAGAUUGACAUGGUCAUAAACAUCGGAAGGGCUUUGAGCGGCGAUUGGGACUACGUUGCGCAUGAGAUUCGGCAGAUUAACGAAACGGUCAUUAAGCAUGGCGCUACCCUCAAGGUUAUUUUCGAGAACGACUAUCUCGACGAUGAGCAUAUUGUUCGGCUUUGUGAAAUUUGCUCCGAGAUUGGUGUCGCGUUCGUCAAAACGUCUACAGGAUACGGUUUUGUUAAGCAGCCAAAUGGGCUUUACUCGUACGCCGGAGCUACCAUUCACCACCUGAAACUGAUGAGGAAACACUGUGCACCAGAGGUUCAGGUCAAGGCAGCUGGGGGAAUCCGGACAUUGGACGAUUUGCUGCACGUUAUGUCGCUCGGCGUGACGCGGAUCGGAGCCACGGCAACGGUUGCCAUCAUGAAGGCUGCAGCUGACAGGGGAAUAACGAAUGAGCCUACGACUGUCGAGUUCAAGCCUAUGGCUGAGCAGCGGCUCGGAGGCUACUAA